AUGUAUGAUAAUUCUGUUGAAGUGGAGCAACCGUUCAGUGUUUGUGAGUUAGUUCUUUGGAACCCAGCUACUGCAGAGUAUAAAACAGUACCUGCUCCACCAAAUAAGCAGGCUGGUGGUGUCCCUAUUUUUGGUUAUGAUUAUAAGAUUGACGAUUACAUUUUUGUAUUAAUAAGCUAUGAACGUCUUGUGAUGGCUGUCUAUACGUUAAGAUCUAAUUCAUGGAAAAGCAUUGAAGUCGGCCCUGGGGAUGGGGUAUUUGUCAAUGGAACUUGUCAUUGGUUAGUUGGAACUCGAGACAAUUCCAAAGUUAUAGUCUCUUUAGAUAUCAGCAACGAGAAAUUUGUAGAAUUGCAACUACCAAAAGAACCUUUGGAGAAUAACCAUUUGCUUAGGAAUGUGUGGGUGUUGGAAGGGUGUCUUAGUGUUGUGAAUGCAAUUGGGGUUCAUUCAGAAAUAUGGGUAAUGCAGACUUAUGGAGUUCGAGAAUCAUGGACUAAACGUUGUGUCAUUACCCAUUCCAGAAUUAUAAAAGAAAUGUAUUACUUGAGGUCGAUGUGGGAUUUCAAGAAUGGUGAGAUUUUAUUAAUGUCGGGCAGUAAUUUAGUUUUAUUUGAUGCAAUUUCUGGGGAGCCAAGACGUCUAGGGAAAAUGCUUAAAGGAAUAGAGAAUUAUGUCGAAAGCCUAGUUUCACUCAACUCUGGUACGUAUGUGAAGAAAAGAGUAAACACCAAAAGAAAAAUUAAUGGUAGAACCAUAUAA